UCAGCGACCUCCAAUAGUCAGCUAUACAUGACGACAAAUCGGAAAUGUGUGUUUCGAACUGAUUUGACAUGUCUUAAUUUUAAAUUAAUGAAUUAUAGUGAGUACUCAAAUUUAUUACCAUAUUAAUUAUGUUUUGUUUGUUUAUCCAACAAGAAGACAUCUUUGGCGUGAUUAGUUUUUGUUGUCCAUUUAAAUCAGUUUUUAUUUUGUUUCUUUGUCUCUCUACAGUUUUGUCCUGAAGAAGAAAUCAAUUUUCUGUUUCUGUCAAAGUUGAAUCGCUUUCUCUUUAUUUUUUCGUCGUCUACAAACUUGAUUCUUUCUCCGGAACUUUGAGCUCUUUAAAAUCUUCGCCGGAAUCCAACACCAGAUUCCGGCGCCGGAGCUCCGAUGAACAACACAGGUCAUGUCCUAGUAGUAUAUGAUCAUCUCCCGCGGAAAUACACAUAGUUUCGGUUUUCCGUGGGGAAAGUUGUGUCCUUGUUCUUCCUUCUCGUACGGACAAGGAGAAUGUCAAAGGUAGUGUACGAAGGGUGGAUGGUGAGGUAUGGAAGGAGGAAGAUCGGACGGUCGUAUAUUCACAUGAGGUACUUCGUUUUGGAGCCUCGUCUUUUGGCCUAUUACAAGAAGAAACCUCAGUAUUCUCAGGUUCCUAUCAAGACCAUGUUAAUUGAUGGCAACUGCAGAGUUGAAGAUCGAGGCUUGAAGACGCAUCAUGGACAUAUGGUUUACGUGUUGUCUGUCUAUAACAAGAAAGAAAAGCACCAUAGAAUAACGAUGGCAGCGUUCAACAUCCAGGAAGCACUUAUGUGGAAGGAGAAAAUUGAGUCUGUUAUAGACCAGCAUCAAGAGUCUCAAGUUCCAAAUGGUCAGCAAUAUGUUGCAUUUGAAUAUAAGUCUGGAAUGGAUACUGGAAGGACUGCUUCAUCUUCAGAUUAUGAAAGCCAAUUCAGUGCACCGGAGGAUGAAGAUGACUCUAGGCGUCGUUUAGUUAGACGGACAACUAUUGGGAAUGGUCCCCCGCCAUCUGUACUUGACUGGACUAAGGAGUUUGAUGCAGAGUUGGCGAACCAGAAUUCUGAUAACCAAGCUUUCUCUAGAAAACACUGGCGUCUUCUUCAGUGCCAAAAUGGUCUUCGGAUUUUUGAAGAGCUUCUUGAAGUUGAUUACCUUCCGAGAAGCUACAGCAGGGCAAUGAAAGCUGUUGGAGUAGUGGAGGCAACAUGUGAGGAAGUAUUCGAACUUGUGAUGAGCAUGGAUGGCACUCGUUAUGAGUGGGACUGCAGCUUUCAGUAUGGUAGCUUAGUGGAAGAGGUGGAUGGUCACACAGCAGUGCUCUAUCAUAGACUUUUGCUCGACUGGUUUCCAAUGGUUGUGUGGCCUCGUGACCUUUGUUAUGUCCGCUAUUGGCGCCGGAAUGAUGAUGGGAGUUAUGUUGUGUUGUUCCGUUCUAGGGAGCAUGAUAACUGUGGUCCACAACCUGGUUGUGUCCGUGCUCAUCUUGAGAGUGGAGGAUAUAAUAUUGCCCCACUAAAGCCACGAAAUGGGAGGCCAAGAACACAGGUGCAACAUCUAAUACAAAUUGAUCUGAAAGGGUGGGGUGCAGGCUACCUUCCAGCAUUUCAACAACAUUGCCUUCUUCAGAUGCUGAAUAGUGUUGCUGGUUUGCGGGAAUGGUUUUCACAGACAGAUGAGAGAGGUGUUCAUACCCGGAUCCCUGUUAUGGUUAACAUGGCAUCAUCUUCCUUGAGCUUGAGAAAGAGUGGAAGGUCUCUGCAUCAGUCUGCCUUUUCUGUUGAUCAAACAAAUGCCGCCAACAGAAACUCUGUGCUCAUGGAUGAAGACUCAGAUGAUGAUGAUGAGUUUCAGAUAGCUGAAUCAGAACAAGAGGGUGAAACAAGUAAGAUAGAGACUGAUGUCAAGAAAACAGAAGAAGAACCUGCUCACAAGAUUGAUCUGUCAUGCUUCUCCGGUAACCUAAAGCGCAAUGAAAAUGAAAAUGCACGUAACUGCUGGAGGACUUCUGAUGGGAACAACUUCAAAGUUCGUAGCAAGAACUUCUGUGAUGAUAAAAGAAAGAUUCCUGCUGGGAAGAAUCUAAUGGAUCUCGUUGCUGUUGAUUGGUUCAAAGACAGUAAAAGAAUAGAUCAUGUGGCUAGACGUAAGGGCUGUGCAGCACAAGUUGCUGCAGAGAAAGGUCUAUUCUCAAUGGUGGUAAAUGUUCAAGUUCCAGGGUCAACACACUACAGUAUGGUGUUUUAUUUUGUGACAAAAGAACUUGUACCAGGGUCUCUAUUGCAACGAUUUGUGGAUGGUGAUGAUGAAUUUCGGAAUAGUCGGCUAAAGCUUAUACCUUUAGUUCCUAAGGGGUCAUGGAUAGUAAGGCAAAGCGUGGGAAGCACUCCAUGUCUCCUAGGGAAAGCAGUGGACUGCAACUACAUUCGUGGCCCGACAUACUUAGAAAUUGAUGUGGAUAUUGGUUCAUCAACUGUUGCGAAUGGAGUGUUGGGCCUCGUCAUUGGUGUAAUCACAUCGUUGGGUGUCGAAAUGGCUUUCCUUGUACAGGCAAAUGCACCGGAAGAAUUGCCGGAGAGGCUUAUAGGUGCGGUUCGGGUCUCGCAUAUAGAGCUGUCUUCGGCUAUAGUUCCAAAUCUGGAGUCAGGUUAAUAAUAUAGUGUAUGACUCCUUAACAACCCCCCUUGAGAAAUUACCAUCAAACUUCAUAUAUGUUCUGUCACAUAAAAAAAAGAAGUGUUUGGUGGCUCUUUGGAAAUGCUCACUUCUUUAGCUUCUUCUUGAUUCGAUACAUCAAUGUUUAUUUCUGUAACAUCAGUUCAUAGUUAAAAAAAAGUUUGUUUAUAUAUCCUCUUUACAAUGCGUCAAUAGUGUAAAUGCCUGCUUAGUAAGUGCCCCCAUUAAUUGGACGUAUGAGUAGUCAAGUUUACUUUAGAAGAGACAAAGCACAAAGAUGUAUUUUGUGUGAAAACUUUUUUUGAAUGUUAUUUUCUGAAUAUAUCUCAUCCUCUCCAUGCUUCUUUUUUUUAAUGUUAUUUUCUGAUUUUAUUAGCUCGGUUUGGUUCUUCUCUUGUUUUAAAUUUGUCAAUUACGGUUUAGUUAUUUCUCUGGUUUGGAUUUGUCUAUUUGAAUUUUGAACAAGCCUUUUAGCCGGUUUGGUUUGGGGAAGUAAUCAAUCCAAAAAAAAGAAACAUUCGUCUUCGCUUUUUUUUUUCUCUCUAUCAAGGCAUCAAUCAUCUUCAUUGUUCAUCACCACCUCUGAGUCAGAACUUGAAGGGAUUGAUAGGACUAUUCUAAUGAGGGCCUUGAAGCUGCUAGAGAACAAAGGCAAGCUUGCAUUGUUUAAAGGAACAUCAGCAGAUGAUGAAGGCGUCAAGUUCUCUGUCUGAAUGCUACUCUCUCUGUAUAAACGUUUUGGGAGUUUGAAUAUAUCUUAUGAACCCAAACGGAUAAACAACUUUUUAUUUUAUUUUUAUAAUAGCAUUCAUUCUCUAGUA